GGCCUUGAGGAGGAGCAGGGCACCCCAGCUUCUGGAUCUAUUGGUUCCAACACCAUCCAACACCUGUCCCCUGGUUCUCGCUUUUUGAUGGAUUCUGAGGGCUUCAUGGUGAGAAUGCUUACAGACCUGGCGAAGGAUUUCUACGACAGCUACAUGGCCAAUGGAUUCCGUGAAUCUCGUUUCCUGGACAUUGCCAAAAAGGUGCCACCGCUUGAGUUCUCCUUCGUUGAGAUCACGAAGAAAGGAAUGAAAGAAGAAGUGCUGCAAGAUGUUGCAGUUUCUUGGAAACUGGUGGAUGGAGAGCCGAAGUCUUUGAAAUUAGAAGAUUGGGCUUCGACAGAAGCUGGGCUUCAUCGCUGUUUGAGUUCAUGGAUCCUUUCCAGCUAUACCAGAACACCUCUUGCUAGGAGGGCUGACUCCAACAUUGCGAAGCUGAAGACAUUCAUCGGUGGAAUCUACAAGGAGGCAAAGAAAAAGGAUGCAAAAGAAGCAGAAGAGAAGAGCGCAGAGGAAGAGGAGGAGGUUAUUGUUGAAGAAGAAGAAGAGGAAAGCAUUGCCGAGGAUGAUGAAUUGGUUGAAGUUGAAGAUGAAAGCAGUGAUGAGGGACUAAAAGCCGAGAAGUUCCAGAAGCAGGAAGACACAAAGGAAGAGGACACAGAGAAGCUAACAAACGAAAUGGCAUCUAUGGAAUUGAAGAGUGCGGUGGAGAUGGAGACGGAGUCACAGGAAGCAAAGGAGAAGUCGUCCAUGCAGGCAAAGCGGGAUGCUGAACAAAAGCUGAAGAAUGCACAGGAGUUGAUCGAUGCAGAGAAGAACAUGAAAGCUGCGGAGUUGCAGAAGGCAGAGGAGAUGAGGAAGAAGGCAGAAAAAGCGAAGAAGAUUGCUGAGAAGAUGGUUGAGGCUGAGGAGAUGAGGAAGAAGGCAGAAGAAGCAAUGGAAGCUGCUGCAGCAGAAGAAGUGAGGAAGGCAGAGGAGAUGAGGAAGAAGGCAGAAGAAGCAAAGAAGCUUGCUGAGAAGAUGGUUGAGGCUGAGGAGAUGAGGAAGCAGGCAGAAGAAGCAAAGCGAGCAGCUGCAGCAGAAGAAGCGAGGAAGGCAAAGGAGAUUAGGAAGCAGGCAGAAGAAGCAAAGCGAGCUGCGGCUGCAGAAGAAGUUAGAAAGGCAGAGGAGACGAGGAAGGAGGCAGAGAAAGCAAGGAAAGCUGCCGAGGAGAUGGUUUUGGCAGAGGAGAUGAGGAAGAAGGCAGAAGAAGCAAAGCAGGCUGCUGCAGAGGAGAUGAGGAAGAAGGCAGAAGAAGCAAAGAAGCUUGCUGAGAAGAUGGUUGAGGCUGAGGAGAUGAGGAAGCAGGCAGAAGAAGCAAAGCGAGCAGCUGCAGCAGAAGAAGCGAGGAAGGCAAAGGAGAUUAGGAAGCAGGCAGAAGAAGCAAAGCGAGCUGCCGCUGCAGAAGAAGUUAGAAAGGCAGAGGAGACGAGGAAGGAGGCAGAGAAAGCAAGGAAAGCUGCCGAGGAGAUGGUUUUGGCAGAGGAGAUGAGGAAGAAGGCAGAAAAAGAAAAGAAGGCUGCCGAGGAGAUGGUUAAGGCAGAGAAGAUGAGGAAGAAGGCAGAAAAAGAAAAGCAGGCUGCAGAGGAGAUGAAGAAGGCAGAUGAAGCAAAGCAGGCUGCAGAAGACGUGAAGAAGGAGGCAGAGGAGAUGAAGAAGGCAGAAGAAGCAGAGCAGGCUGAAGAAAACGUGAAGAAGACAAACAACUGCACAGAGGCAGAGCAAGUGCUUCUGCUUAAGAAGAUGUUGGAAGAGGAGAAAAUGAAAACACAGGCUUUGCAAAUGAUGAUUCAAAGGCAGAAAGAUGAGGAGGAGGAAAGUCUCGAACAGGAAUUGGAGGAGUUGCGCAAAGGAGCAACCGGAAGGAAGCGCGAAAUGGUUGAACGGUUAUUACUGUCAAGGGUGAAGGACCAGGAGCCUACCCCCGAGGCAGGCAAAACAGAAAAGGCAAAACCAGUAGCUGAAUCCAAAGAAGACGAUGACCAAAGCAGCGAGGAAGACAUGAGCGUUCAGAGUGAAGCGGAAGAGGACAGAAGGCCUUUGAUUGCAAAAAUACCGGCCCUCAAAUCUGAACUUCUGCUUGGAGAUGAGAAUGACCAUCCUGACCUUUUGAAGGAACAGGCUACGCUGCGAAGGGAUGUAAAGAGAGGAGCACCUAAGGAGGAAGAGGGAGAUUCGUCAAAACCAACAAAGCCACAGCCGAAACGACUGAGAAAAGCGAAGAAGCCAGAGAAAUCAAAGAGAGCCGAAGAGGGUUCAAAGACUGAUGAUGAUGAAGAUGGCGCUCAGGAGUCAAUGGAUGAAGCGCUAGAGAGGGAAGAUGCCGAGUUGAAGCAGGAAAGGGAGCUGGAUGAAGAGGAAGAGGCAGAUGCAGCACCAGGAGCUCGCAAACCUGUCGUCCCAAUAGGAAAGCCACCCAGAAGGAAAGCAAAGAAAAGUGCAGGGGCACCAGCAAACGGUGCAAAAGGAGCUGAAGCCUUGGAUGCUGAUGAUGAGAAGAAGCCAAAGGAAAAGAAAAGAAAGGAAGCAGAGCAGGAGCAGGCAGAAGACAAGGGACCUGAUGAUUUGAAUGAAAAGAAGCCAGCAAAGUCAAGAAGGACAGGCACAGGCAAGGCAUCAAAGGUCAAAGCUGAAACCGGAGGCAGCAAGGAAGAUCAGGAAGGUCCAAAGAGAUCGGAGGAGCGUGCGGCCCUCGCUGCCAAACGUGAGGAGUUGCGUCGCUCAAACUAUGAGCUGGUUCACAGAGUCCUGGCACAGGACUCGGCAAAGACCAUGUAUGUGGCGAAUGUGCUGGACCUGGACAAAUGCUCUACCGGGUCGUGGACUGCGCAUCCCCCUGAAGAGUACGUGAGUGAGGAGUUGUAUCCCAAAGCCAUGCCCAUUUCGCUCAGCGGGUCCUUCUACGUCAAGGACCUUGACCCCAACCAUUUGGAGAAAGUGAAUUCAGUUUUGGGCACUGAGUUCAAACGGAAUGCCCAAGAGGGUGGGACUACAGCCGCGCCCUUGCCCAGUGGAUUGUGUGCGAGCCUGGACCUGAAGCAUAGUGGAGCCCUGGCCCUGGCAGGCCUUGUGAUAGAUAGUAGUGGCAAUGGCGCCCAGUUGGAGGAGAAGCACCUUAGCGCUGACACCAUGCAUGGCCAUGAUUUUAGUCGUGUCCAAAUUCUUUCUGAGUUGGAUGGCUACAUGGGGAUCGCCCACACCAAAGCCGAGCAGGGUCUGGGGAACCUGGCCAGCCCGUUCCUGCCCAAGGGCCUGUGUUGCAGCCUGAAUUCGCUGGCCUGCCAGCGAUUUAAGCGGAAAGGGACUUUGAAAAUGGACGCGGAACUAGCGGGCCGCGUUCGGGCAGCAAGGGCUCUUAGGGAGAAGCUGGUUGCUGAAGAGAUCCAACGUGAAAAGAAGAAGAAAGUGGUCAAGCGAUUCGUGAAGAAGAAUAAGAAGGUCAAAGGUGAAACGAGACCAGUCAGCACUGCUUGCCCAGGUUCAGGUAGUGAUGACUGCCCAGAUACCCUCCGUAUCGAUUCGCCCGAGAGAGUAGAUGAUGAUCCAAAAAAACGUGAGUACUAUGAAGGUGGAUACUCUCAGUGGCGUGAGCAUUGUGAGGACCAAUGGCAGAGUUGGAACUGGCCCCCGCAUGGGUGGGCACCGAGCACUUGGCAAAAUGCCUAUUGGGAUACCAAGGACCCAUACCACAAGUACAAAGAGUUUGAUUGGAGUGCCCCAAAAAAAGAUGAUAGCACCCGUAGCACUUCACCACCUUCAGUUGCAAAGACUUUGUUGAGCAGGUCCAGCAGCUCCAGUUUGACCCAGAGUUCAAGCCAAAUCAGCCUUGUUGCAGAGCAAUUGCGACGCAGUUCUACGGGUGAUCAGCUGUCUUUGCAGGAAAGGCUUGAGCUUGUUGCUCUGGAAGAGAAAGAAGAUACACCACCGCUGGCCCAGCAGCUGGUUUCCCAAGCAAAGACCUUGUUGAGACAGGCAAAAGCUAUGCAGAGUCCCAGCGCAGCAACACCAGAUGAUGUGAUGACGAGGGCGGUAGAAAAUGAAGAUCCAAAGGAUGAACAGAAGCAACCCGACAGCAUGAAGAGCACCCAGCAUGUGGCUUAUCUGCAGGCCAUUGAGCAAUCCGAAAAUAUGAUCCAGAAAUUAAAACAAGAAAAUUUUGACACCAAAGUGAAAUAUUGGGAUGCCAAGAACAAGAAAGAUAUGGCAGAUAUGAAUGUUGCAGAUGCCAUGCGGCAAUCUAAUCUUGCUAUCCAUGAAGCGAACCAAGAGGCUGGUGGGCCCUGUGCUAGCACAUGUGACCGCAUCAGCAAGUUGGGUUCGGAAGUGGUCGACAAGAUUGCUCUAGCAGGGCGAUACAAGCAAGAAUGCAAAAUGCACAGCACGCACAAGAAGGUGUUGGAGAAGCUAUUUGACAUGGAGCAACGAAAACUACAAAGGUUGAAGUCGGGAGAGGUGGAGACAGACGAUGACGAGCAGAACUACAAGGAACUUCAGCAGUUAAAGAAAGAUGCAGAGAAGGCAAAGGUCCACUAUGAAGAUGUUUCGAUGAUGAAAGCUGAAGGUGAAACACGAAAAGCUGAACAGAACAUGAAAGAGAGUGAAAUGUAUGAGGAAGAAAGACGAAGGGCCCAAGAAUUCAACGAGGAAAUGAUGGACCUGAUGCAACAACAAGCCGAUGAAUAUCGCGCUCGGAGGAUCCAGGAAUUGGCUGACAAAUUGCUUGCUGAGGAGAUGAUGAAAGAUCAAGCAGAGCAGGCUGCAGAAGACGCGAAGAAGGCAGAGGAGAUGAAGAAGGCAGAGGAAGCAAAGAAGGCUGCUGAAGAUGCAAAGAUGGCAGAGGAGAUGAAGAAGGCAGAUGAAGCAACCCAGGCAGAGGAGAUGAAGAAGGCAGAGGAAGCAAAGCAGGCUGCAGAAGAUGCGAAGAAGGCAGAUGAAGCAAAGCAGGCUGCAGAAGACGCGAAGAAGGCAGAGGAGAUGAAGAAGGCAGAGGAAGCAAAGCAGGCUGCUGAGAAGAUGAUUGAGGCAGAGGAGAUGAAGAAGACAGAUGAAGCAAAGCAGGCUGCAGAAGACGCGAAGAAGGCAGAGGAGAUGAAGAAGGCAGAGGAAGCAACCCAGGCUGGAGUAGACUCGGAGAAGGCAGAGGAGAUGAAGAAGGCAGAGGAAGCAAAGCAGGCUGCAGAAGCUGGAGAAGACUCGGAGAAGGCAGAGGAGAUGAAGAAGGCAGAGGAAGCAAAGCAGGCUGCAGAAGACGCGAAGAAGGCAGAGGAGAUGAGGAAGAAGGCAGAGAAAGCAAAGCAGGCUGCUGAGAAGAUGAUUGAGGCAGAGGAGAUGGAGAAGGCAAAGGAAGCAAAGCAGGCUGCAGAAGACGCUAAGAAGGCAGAGGAGAUGAGGAAGAAGGCAGAGGAAGCAAAGCAGGCUGCUGAGAAGAUGAUUGAGGCAGAGGAGAUGAAGAAGGCAGAGGAAGCAAAGCAGGCUGCAGAAGACGCGAAGAAGGCAGGGGAGAUGAAGAAGGAGUUGCUGAAGAUGGCUGAGCAGCUAAAGAAGGAGGCUGAGGAUAUGCAAGAGGAAGAAGACGAAGAAGGAGAAGCACAACCGGCCAGCGAAGAGGUGAAGCAGCCAGACAAGGCAAAGACUGCAGCACAAGACACACUGGCUAGCGAAGAAAAUGCCACUAAAGAAAAGACAGCUGACGAGAAGGAAGAACAGAGCCAACAGGAUGAAUCGCAAAAGUUGAUGGCCCAAGCCCAAGAAUUGAUGAGGAAGGCACAAGCGAUGAACCAGAACACCGGUAAUGAUGGUGGUGGGGGCAGCAACCUGACAGAGACACCAGAAGAGGAGAUGGAGCAAGCAUUGAAGUUGGAGAGAAAGAGACUGGAGCACCGGCAAUUCUUGACGCUGGUGGAGGAUGCUGAGGAGGAGGAAAACUGUGAGGAGAUUGACCGACUCUUCAAAGCAGUGGACAAAGAUCAGGAUGAUGAAAGCGAUUCUGACAGCAGCAGUGCCCCCAAGAAAAAGAAACGCAAGGAAUCGAAAGAAGAGAAGUCUCAUGAUGCUGAACCAGAAGAAGACAAGCCAGCCAAGAGCCCCGAGAAGAAGGCGAGCAAAAAGGACAAGAACAAUAAGAAAGAGAAGAAGGAAAAGAAGAACAAACGUGAGGAGAAUGCAAAGCCUGAGACUGAAGAAGAGAAGCAGGAGCGAGAGAAAAAGGAGGCUGCAGCGAAGUUGCAGAAGGAAGCCAAAAAGGCUGUCUCUGAUGCCAGCUCGAAGAUCAAAUGGGCAAUUGGCUUGGAACCGAACAUCGCACACUUGUACAGCCCUAAGAGUGAGAAGUUUGCAGCAUCGGUGAAAGCUGAUGUGGACGAAAAGAAACACGCUACUGAGGUGCUAUCUGAGCAAAUCAGAGACUUGGAUGCUUCUCGCAAAGAGCUUGAAAUUGCCUGUGAAACUGAUGCUGGUCCUUUUGAGAGGGAUGUCACAGAGAAGCUGGCAUCUGGUGAUCCUAGGAGGGGCAUCAGCCGCUACUUUGGACUGUCAGAGCAGGCCUCGCGUUUCUUGAUGACUCAAUCUGAAGCUGAUGACAUCGAGAGGGCUGGAAAGGCAUACUUGCUGGCCUAUCGUCAACUCAACCAUAUGAGCAUCAG